AUGAAGGGGAGUACCACACCAUCCCCCAGCCAUGUCCAGUGCCUGAGAAGAGACAUUGCGGCAAUGGUUUGCUUUGAUGCUAAGAUCAGCUUCGACGACAAUGCUGAGUUCCGUCAGAAAGACGUGUUUGCCAUGGACGACAUGACUGAGAGCGACCCCACGGAGAUGGAGGCAGCCAAGUGGGACCUCAAAUAUAUCGGACUGGAUGGAAACAUUGCCUGCUUUGUGAAUGGAGCCGGUUUGGCCAUGGCCACAUGUGACAUCAUUGACCUGCAUGGAGGAAAGCCAGCUAACUUCCUCGACCUGGGGGGAGGAGUCAAAGAGAGGCAGGUGUACGAGGCCUUUAAGCUGCUGACUGCUGACCCUAAGGUUGAGGCCAUCCUGGUCAACAUCUUUGGUGGGAUCGUCAACUGUGCAAUCAUCGCCAACGGCAUUACUAAGGCCUGUCGAGAGCUGGAGCUGAAGGUACCACUGGUGGUCAGGCUUGAAGGGACCAACGUCAACGAGGCCAAGAGGAUUCUGAGCGAGAGCGGCCUGCCCAUCACAGCGGCAGAGAACCUGGAUGACGCCGCCAAGAAAGCAGUGGCCGCCAUCAAGAAAUAAAAGAAUCUAGAAAAAUCCCAUCAGCAACAUUCAUGGCGUCUUAGAUCAUCACCGUCAGCCUUUGCUCUCAUAGGCCUUCAUUGUUUUUAACACAAUAUUACUUUCAUUGCCAAAAAAUAAUAAUGAUAUUCCUCUUAAAUGCAUUUUAAUUGGAAUAAAUCACAUUAUAAAGAUUGCAGUGACGUCUGUCAGAAAUUGGAUGGAGAUGCAACACGUUGUGGAUUCCAUGUUCCUCUCGGCAUAGUGUGGCUUUUGUGUGGAAUAUUAUUUUAGGUAGAUUUUCCCCUCCAUCCUUGACUUAAGGUACUUUAAAGGUACAGUAUGACUGAAAAACAGCCCAUUCUUGUGAAAUCAUGUGAUGCCACUCGGCUAAACAAAAGGCAGCAUUACAGUGAGACUUUGGAUCAAUCGGUGUGUUUUCUCAGUGACUUCAUUGUCCAAGUUAGUACAAAUCCAUUAAUCCAUCCAAUGCAUUGUCUUUGUGUCAAAUGAGGGGACGACUUCCCCACACUGUGAUCUUUGUACAUCAUGUCUUAAUUGUUAAUUGCUCCAUAACAGCGUGAACUGAUUCAAACUGUGCCUAUGUCAUGACGGCUAAAGGGUUUUGUAAGAUACCUUUCAGUAGUUUCAUACUAAGGUGUUCAGAAAGGAAAUUCUAAUAAUUGUACUUAUUGUAGCUUUUUUAUAAUCAUAAAUGUACAGUAUAUUGACAGGAUAUCUUGAAUGCAGUGUCAAAUCUGUGUUUAUAAUUUCAGAGAAUAAAAAUAACAUUUUCAACA